AUGAAGAUAUUCGUGUCAAAACUUAUGAAAAAGUGGAAGGUAUGCAAAAGUACACCCGCAAGAUUCACCAAUAAAAUAUGCUUAAUGGCUAGAUUAAACUCUAAUAUCUCUGCAACACCCACAGCAGAAGAAGUAAGAAAUUAUCAAAAACGUGGAAGACCAAAAAAGUCUUUCGAUGAGAGCUUUGUACGGUCGAAGUUAAGAAAAAUAGAACCUCUUAUGUCAAGCACGUCCAAAGAAACACUUUGCAAAGCUCCAGAAAUGAGUCUGUUUAAAAGUGGAGAAAGAACUUCGGCGCAAGUUAUGAAAUUAGCUAAAAAAAUUUCUCCGCGCCCAGAGAAAAAAACGAAUGAAAUUCAUAAUUCGUCAUCUUUGUCAUCCAUGGUUGGAUCUCUCAUGGAAGACAUCGAGAUUAGAAACGAACAGAGACAUAAUGAAUAG